CUUCAAACAUCCAAAGGACUGGUCGACUAAGGACGAACGGAACGAAUUGUGGGUUUACAUUCGCAAUUCAGCGUCCAUAAUGCUCUCUUUGGCAUCACGCUCACAUGUCACUUCUCAUGUGAAAGCACCACUUAAUGUUGUGCUCAUCAUCGACACUCAUAUGCCACCAAGUAUUGACGAACUUCAGACCAAGCGGGCAGUCAUGUUUCUAAGACGCUCACUUAUCAGGAUCCUCCUCUACUUUCAGUGCAAUAUGGAUGCUAACUUCCAAUGGACUUUCCAGUUCUUCAACUCUCGCUUGCACCAGGAUAUUGGCUUAACUUCAAAUAGGAUGCUCCAAAGCUUGAGCAUGAAUAGUGUCGAUAACUGCGUCGAGGAAUUUCGUAGAAUAAUUGCAUCUGAAUUAUUAGUAGCUAGUUCGUCAGGAAAAGGGGGAUUUGGAACUGGAUCUGGGCCAGGAAGUGAUAGAAGUGUAUCACCAUGCUAUAAUUUGCGUCGACAACUUGUCCAUUCAUUGGCGGAUUUUGGGCUCGAUAUUGCGUCCUAUCAGUCCCCAAUGAAACCUACAGCUACUUUUCUGCGCUCUCAAUCGGUACAAAAACAUUUCCCACCUAUCAAUAUCCGAAACUACAUCUACGUUCUUUCACCCCUACCACAGAGUUGGACAGAUAUAGUGUUUUUCUUGGAAGGCAAGCGUCAGCCGCAAAAGGAUUUUAGUACGAUAGGCCCACGACGGAGUGACAUUCUGGAUGUACUCAACGGAGUGAAGGAAGCGUUUUUUGAACAGGGCCUUUGGGAUCGGUUCUUGGAUCAGCACACUAGUCUGAGCUGGAUUGACACCAGUAAUAAGGGUCAUUCUGAGGAUCUUACAAAGGCCAGUACAAAGUUAUCAGCAGUAGCACUUAUUCGAUCGACUCUGGAGCUAAUCAUGACAGCCUUUGGUGGACACAUUAUUCCACAACAUAUUCUCUGUCAGUCUCUUCUUGGCCGAGAUAUUUACUCUUUUGCUACAAUAUUCCAAGCUUUUCGGUCGCUUCACAUCCAUCCUGGCCUGGGUGUCAAGAUGUCAAAGGAUAAUUGGCAAGCUCUUCCUUCAGCUUCCGAUAUUGUGCCUCUAAAGAGUGUCCAUCCUGUUAAUAUAGUGUGGUCUGGUGAUCUACUUUGUUCUGAGUCGUCUCAAUUCGUCUGCGUGCUCGAUAUUGCUUCACCGCUACCCACUAGCACUAUGGACAGUGGAUCCACACCCAUGACUGGUCCAAUAAAGUCUUUACAUGUUGUCAAACGAUUCGCAAGUCGGGUAUUAAACAGCAAACUGCAUUCAAUCAAGAUUGCAAGUACAAUGAUAUGCUUUCCCGGAAAUAGCAAUAGUGGCCCCUGCGAACAUGGAUCCUACCUGCUCAAGUCGCUACGGGCCAAGAAUGACGUACUUCUUCUUCGAAUUACUUUUCAAUCUUUGACUCAAGAAGGAUCAGGGAGCAACGGUGAAGUAUCAGGGCAAGAUAGAUCGGAUACGGAUGGAAAUAAUAAUGAAUCUCAUAAAUACACCUUCUUUGCUUUAUUGCAUGCGACUGUACCAGGAAGUGGCCUCGUGGAGGUUCUACAGGGCGAUAAUGGCUUUUUAACUGAGCUCCAACCAACUGCACAAGGCCAAAGGAAACGAGGCCAACCUUUUAGCAUGGCCAUGCUGGAGAAAUCGUGGAGCAACCUUGGAGCUUUUAUCGGAGUAGAAGAGAAGCGAGUCAAGUCAGGAUCAGCGUAUCAACUGGAUAGUAUGCCUUCUUGUAUUAUGAAGUGUUUCAAAUUGCAACCAAUAGCUCAAGAGGGUGCCAUAGAACCAAGGUGUCCUGUAUCGAGGCCACUUCCAGGCGAAAUGGUUGCAGAUAUUAACGAAACGUCUCUUGAGAUAGAGCAAGUGGAAACCAUUGAUGAUCUAUGCUUGGGAAUCCGAAAAACAUACAUCAAAUACUUAUAUAAUGAUGAGACUGUAACCGACUAUGUUAAAAGAUUAAAUGCUGCAAGUAAAGAGAUUACAGCGCUUGCCGCCAAGCAAUUAGUUCCGUUAAAGGAGGCACAGCAAAAAUUGAUAGCAUUUAUCAUUGAAUUUCUCAGGAUUUGGCCGUCGAGGAUGGGAUCAAAAUAUAGGCAAAUUGCAAAGGAGCUUAACAUUGGUAAAUUUACUGAUUCAAAAUCACAAGACAACUAUGUGAUUCUUGAGGACGAAAGGCCUCAUUUGGACGCGUGGAAGGCCCAUGUUAUGAAGAAUGUUAAGGACGCAAACGUGCGUCUGAGUUUGAAGAAACUGAAAACUAAAGAUACUCAGAUUCAAGUUGUACAGAAUCUACAUAUCCUUCUCUUGAUUAACAAGUAUGAUCUUGAGGAAAACAGGCCUUUCAAGAAAGAUCCAGGCGCAUCAAAGGCUCUCAAUCUCUUCAUGGAUGAGCUCUGCAUUGCUGCCAGCUUAGAAGAUCAGCCCACUCCUGGGCUAAUGAGUCCUCAAACACCAAGGAGUAAAGACAUGGACUCUGCCAAAAAAUUCUUUGUCCGGGUCAUUUCACGAUAUUAUGAAUUGUCAUUACCCAAAAUCGUCCAAAAGCUUUCGGUCAAAUGUGGAGUCGAAAAAAGUCUGUUAACCUCCCCCAAGUCGUCUCGUAGCGCAAGACGCACUGGGAUCCAGAGAUCAAUAUCCAUGGGUAUUCUUCAGAAACCAACUCCUUUGGACCUUUCGUCAUUAGUGUUAGAAGAUGAUAGUAGUGCGCCUUCUACAAGCAAGAGUAGUGCUUCGGCUGAAACUGACACUGUUACACCGAAAUAUGGUUUUCCUAUGAGUCGACAACCAACGUCUGACAAUACCUCCAAGAAUGUACUGAAUAGUUCAAUCUUUAGAAAUCGUCAGGUAGUUAUGACACGAGGGUCUGUGCAGGGCGUUGCUACAACCUUAUCCACCAAUUCAGCUCCUUCCGCAGCUGCAGCAAAACCCAACGCAACCUCGAUAAAGCCAGCUGCUGCACUAUUGCGAGCAAAGACUAUGAGCUCCAUGGAUGAUCUCGAAGAUGAAGAUGCGCCACCAAAAAUAGCGAGGCUCAAACUGAAGAAGUUUUACCAUGAUAAAGAGAGUGAGGAAGUACUUAAGCUAUUUCGAAGGCAGCGACCUCUUUCAAAGGCUGAUGCAAUUGAAACAAACCCUUUCCUUGCAUCUGAAACGAAAGGAAGAAAUGUGGAAGGGGGAGGAGACUACAAUAACGAUGACGAUGACUUGGGUGCACUUGGGAAAUAUCUUCCUGGCAAUGGUACUACAACUUGGGGUGCCAUAAAAAGUGUAAAUAUGCCUAACAGCUCUAGUGUUAAUGUUAGCAGUAGCAGUAUCAAUGAUGAUAUUCUCAAGAGCCCAUCUAUGUUAGCAGCCCAAAAUCGAGUACCACUCAAAAGCCGUGGAUCCUCUCUCUCAGGAUUGUAUGGAUCCACAGCAUCACUGCCCAUUGAAACAAUCGUACCCACUACACCCCUAGGGGGUGAAGGGUUAGGUAGCAUGGCAGAAGGACCCAGAACACCAUCGACUCCGACAGGAAGAACUCAACUUCGUCGGUAUGCAUCUCAGCAGGUUUUUGGUACUGAGUACAAUCAGUCUCUGAAUAGUAGUCUUAUCGUGCCAUCAACACCAUCAAGGCGCGUUCAGAUUCAAGAGGGCCGUAAUUUUGCGUCUCAAAUUCGUGGCAGUUCAUGGUUCGAGGCUGAUUUGAUGGGAUCACCGGGCAAAAGGUCCCGGGCGGCAGGAGGCAGCGGUAGUGAUGAUGAGGACACAUGGCUAGAUGAGCACUUGCCACGGUCGCCGUCUCUUGGCUUACAUCGUCGUCGACCUACAGCAGCACUUUCCCCAUCGUACAAGCAUCAAGGACGGAGAGCCAAAUUCUUUGAAGAACUGCGAUCUAUACGCCCUGAUCGGAAAAGAGUCCAUCUCGAGGCGCCUCUCAACGAGAAAAGUCCGAUUGUGCACCCCAAGACCCUUGUUCCAGGCACACCGCCUUCAUCUUUACCGACUACAUUAUCUGGAGGUAACGUGACUAUGCCAUGGAUGGCGAAGGAAUAGAGGCGUUACGGUGACAAUAAUGGAAAAAGACGCUGCCAUAGCCCCUUGAUAAUAAA